UAUAAAAAUAAAUAAAUAAGUAAAUAGGAGCCGUUCCCCAAUCCCCAGUUCAUCCCUUCACGUUUCAAUUCAAUUUCCUUAGCUCUUUGCUUCUAUACGCCCCUCUCUCUCUCUCUGUGUCUCUGUCUCUGAUAUCUAAUAAAUCCAAAAAUUAGGGCAACAAAUAUUGUUCUUCUAGUUUUUCACCAUGAAUAUCUUCAGAUUCCUCGGUGAUAUGACUCAUUUGAUCAGUAUUUUGAUUCUGCUUCUUAAAAUUUACGCCACCAAGUCUUGUUCAGGGAUUUCGCUGAAGACGCAGGAGCUGUACGCUCUGGUGUUUUUGGCGCGGUACUUGGAUCUGUUCACAGAUUUUAUCUCCGUGUACAACAGUGUAAUGAAGGUGGUGUUCAUAGCGAGCUCUCUUGCAAUUGUAUGGUGCAUGAGAAGGCACCGUGUAGUGAGACGCUCGUAUGACAAAGAGCUCGAUACUUUUCGUCAUUACUUCCUUGUUGCUGCAUGUUUGGCUUUGGCUCUAUUGGUGCAGGAGAAGUUCACAUUCCUAGAGGUCUUGUGGGCAUUUUCAAUAUACUUGGAGGCAGUAGCGAUUCUUCCCCAGUUAGUAUUACUCCAACGAAGUGGAAAUGUGGAUAAUUUGACAGGGCAAUAUGUUUUCUUUCUUGGGGCUUAUCGUGCUUUCUACAUCCUCAACUGGAUCUACCGCUAUUUUACAGAGACACAUUUUAGUCGAUGGAUAUCCUGUGUAUCUGGUCUCGUCCAAACAGCUCUCUAUGCAGAUUUCUUUUACUACUACUUUAUUAGCUGGAAAAAUAAUUCAAAGCUUCAGCUGCCAGCUUGAGCCAGGCAUCAAUAUGAACCUUCAAACUUCUUCAACUAAAUCGCUGCUAAAUUUAAGCAAGGUGGCUGGUGUACCAUUUGUUCCAGUUGACAUUGUAUGAGACCAUGAGAGUAAUGUUACAAUAGUUUUGACUAGGCUGGUGGGUUUGGUUGGAAAUCCCAUAUUUAUAGGAACUUCUAGAUUAGAUGAAACACUCAUGUUGAUGUAAGGUGCUAAUUUUUUAACAGUACCAGCACCCUUCUGACGUGUCUUAAGAUGUUUAUUUGAGAAGGCAAACUUCAAAUUUGACCGACAUUUGAUUGGAUUCAAUGAAGGGACAUUUAAUUAA